GUGACUCUCUUAAUAUUUGUUACUUAAAAAAUUAUAUAAUUUAUAUAAUAAAUUUAUAUUAUAAAAGACAACUAGUAAUUCACUAGCAUGUGUCUUGUCUAUGCGGUAGAUAUUCUUAUAUUUAUGUAUUAUUUUGUAACUGUGUCUGACAAUCUGACGGUUAUAUAAAUAUUUGACGUGUGAUGAAGGAUUAAACAUAAAAUUGCAAAAUAAAUUAUAUGUUAUAUUAAAUUAAGAAAGAUGUAAUUUUGAUUUUUAUACUAACACGAAUACCGAGACAUAAUGCAUCCGACCUGAAAAUAUCUAGUGAUUGUAAAUAUUUACUAAAUGUCAAAGCAUACGUGAUUCUCGGUGUACAAUAUUGAUCUUAGAGAUCCUCUCUAAAUUGCAAAUAAACAUCUUUUAGUUAUUUCAACAUGGCCGAAAGAAAUUUUACAUAGAUUUUUGAACGGUUUUACAAACCAUGUGAAAUUUUUAAGUAAACAUUUUAUUAUGUUUAAAUCAGUCAUCGACAACAUUUGACCUGAUCAUUUUUGACAAAUAGAAAAUUUUAUAUGUCAGACAAACGCCUCAAUGAAUUCGUUUGAUGAAGUAGUUACGAUUUUUGUGGGUCAAGCUGGAACACAAGUAUCUAAUGCUUGUUGGGAGUUACUAUGUCUGGAGCACGGGAUUGAACCCAAUGGAUUUUUUAAUCGAGCAAAUGAAUCAUUGGAAAAAUCAUGCUGCGUGUUUUUCGAACCAUUACAAAGAAAAUUUUCACCGCGUACUGUAGUGGUUGACUUAGAGCCAACAGUAAUCGAUGAGAUCAGGAUUGGUCCUUAUAGAAACCUUUUCAAUUCACAUUCUUUAAUUACUGGCAAGGAAGAUGCUGCGAACAAUUUCGCAAGAGGUUUUCACUCGAUCGAUCGACAGAUGAAAGAUAUCAUACUCGAUCGUGUUCGCAUAAUGUGUGAAAAAUGUUCAAAUCUGAACGGAUUUAUAAUUUCUAGAGCAGUAGGUGGUGGUACUGGCAGUGGUCUUGCAACUUUAUUGCUAGAGUAUCUCAAUGAAGAUUAUGCUAAAAAAACCAAGUUGGAUUUUGCUAUUUAUCCCGCGCCGAAUAUCUCCACUGCAAUUGUGGAACCUUACAAUGCCAUUUUAACGACACACCACACUCUGGAUUACAAAGACUGCUGUUUUGUAACAGACAAUGAAGCGCUGUAUGAUAUCUGUAGGAAACUAGAAGUUCAGAGUCCAAUGUAUACGAAUCUCAACCGCGUGCAGGCACAAGUGUUUUCUAAUAUUACUGCGUCGUUGAGGCUCAACGAUUCUAGAAAUUGCAAUCUACAAGAAAUACAAACAAAUCUUGUACCAUAUCCAAGAAUACAUUUCCCGUUAAUUGCUUUCGCACCAAUUAUUUCUCCCGAGAAAGGGCAGUAUAACUUAUCGAUUCGGAAUAUUACGUACGACUGUUUCCAACCUGCUAAUCAAAUGUUGAGAUGCGAUCCACGCAAAGGAACGUAUAUAGCCUGCAGUCUGUUGUAUCGCGGAGAUGUAAACGUCUUUGAUGUUAAAGAUGCGAUUGCUUUUCUAAAAAACAAAGGAUCCAUACGCUUUGUUGAUUGGUGUAAAAAUUGUUAUAAGAUAACAAUUAAUCGUCAUCCGAUUGUUACGAUUCCCGGUGGUGAUUUAGCAAACAAAAAGCAAACAGUCACAAGCUUAUGUAAUAACACGAUUAUUAGGCAUGCUUGGACUAGACUUCUACGCAAAUUCGAUUUGAUGUAUCAGAAAAAAGCUUUCUUUCACCAUUAUCUAGCUGAAGGUAUGGAAGAAAAGGAUUUUCAAGAUGCUCGUGACAACAUAUGUACUUUAUUAGAAGAUUAUAUUCAGCUUGAAACUUAAACGCGUCAUGCUUUGUGUCAUUAUUCGUAUUUCGUUAAAAUUACACGAAAUUAUUAUAAAUAUAUAAAAAUAUUCACUUUUUGA